GUGCCUGGGCUCGCGCCCCUGUCGGUGUGUGUGAGGAUAAGGAGGACGGCGAAGGGGAGCGGAGCAUCCCGGGAUCACCGGCACCAACUACUGGAGGUCUGCCAGAUGGUGUCCCUCAGACUCCAGUCAGCUUCUCACGUUGCUGCGGGACAGACUGUGCUGAGAUGAGCAUGUAGAAUGAAUGGAGCUGGAAACCAGUGAAUCUUAUUUUACCAGAAGAUACCUAAAUGGAUGGCCCUAUACUUCUGUAACUGAAAACAAACUGCCUUUUACUUUACACCAUCAAAAUCGGAUGCGAAGUUUCUCAUUGCAGUGUCGAGCCAAAAACUAGUUCGUAUGGUUUAUAUAGGAGCCAGGUGAAAACGUAACCAACUCUGCUUGAUCAUCUCUGGACACUUAUGUGGAGUUUGCAUUACUUAGAAGAUUGCCUGGGGAAGUCUGCAGAGAGGAGUAAAGCAGAUAAACCAACUGCUUUAAGAUCCAUCCAUCAGCAUGAGAUCUAUACGGUCCUUUGCAAAUGAUGAUCGCCAUGUUAUGUCUAAGCACUCCACAAUUUACCCAUCUCCUGAAGAACUGGAAGCUGUCCAGAACAUGGUGUCUACGGUGGAAUGUGCUUUAAAGCAUGUAUCUGAUUGGAUAGAUGAGCAAAACAAAUGUGAAAAAGUGGAGAGUGAAGUAAACAUGAAAGAAGAAGAAAACGAGGAAAACACUUCCAAGGAUGAAAGUGGUCGGGUACUGUGUGGAGUCAUGAGAAUAGGCUUAGUUGCAAAAGGGCUGCUCAUUAAAGAUGAUAUGGACUUAGAACUGGUUUUGUUGUGCAAGGAAAAGCCAACAAAGAGCUUAUUAAUCACCGUCCGAGACAACCUUCCAUUGCAGAUCCAGAAACUCACAGAAGAAUGCUUUCAAGUGGAAUAUUGCAUAGAAGAUGCUUGUCUUGUGAUUCACAACUCCAAGGAGCCGAAGCUAUCUCUAAAGGUUAUUCUAACUUCUCCACUGUUCAGAGAAGACGAUGAGAGGCCGGGUGGAGUAGAAAAUGUUGCGAUGAAAGAUCCUCCGGACUUAUUGGACAGGCAGAAAUGCCUGAACGCCUUGGCGUCUCUGCGACAUGCCAAAUGGUUUCAGGCGAGAGCCAAUGGAUUAAAAUCUUGUGUAAUUGUACUACGCAUACUGAGAGAUCUCUGCAACAGAGUUCCAAACUGGACCCGGCUGAAAGGAUGGCCUUUGGAACUCAUAUGUGAAAAGGCAAUAGGCACUUGCAAUAGGCCGCUGGGAGCUGGGGAAGCUUUGCGAAGAGUCAUGGAGUGUCUAGCAUCCGGGAUCCUCCUAUCUGGUGGACCUGGUCUUUAUGAUCCAUGCGAGAGGGAACCCACAGAUGCCCUGUCUUAUAUGGAUGUGAAAGAGAGAGAAGAAAUUACACACAGUGCUCAGCAUGCACUGCGUUUGUUAGCCUUUGGUCAAAUAUACAAAAUACUGCAGAUGGAUCCACUCCCAUCCAGUAAGCCCUUUCAGAAAUACUCUUGGUCAAAUACAGAUCGGGAAGGGCCUAGUCUAAAAAGGCCAUUUGACGAUGGAUCCUGUGACGAUAAGGACCCAAAUAAAAAGAUGAGACGCAAUCUACGCAAAAUUUUAGACAGUAAAGCCAUAGAUUCUAACCAGCCAAUGAAUGCAUUAAUGCGACUAAACCAGAUCCGGCCUGGCCUGCAAUACAAACUUCUUUCUCAGUCAGGUCCUGUUCAUGCACCAGUAUUCACAAUGUCUGUGGAUGUAGAUGGCAUAACACAUGAAGCGUCUGGACCAUCCAAAAAAACUGCAAAGCUUCAUGUAGCUGUUAAGGUUUUACAAGCCAUGGGUUACCCAACUGGUUUUGACACUGAUAUGGAGUGUCUCAGUUCAGAUGAAAAAUCAGACAAUGAAGGCAAGAAUGAGACCAUUUCUUCCAAUUCUAGCAGUAACACUGGAAAUUCCACAUCAGACAGCUCCAACACCUUGGAGGUCCGGACUCAGGGACCCAUCCUUACAGCAAGUGGAAAGAACCCAGUGAUGGAGUUGAACGAGAAGAGACGAGGUCUUAAAUAUGAAUUAAUAUCUGAAAGUGGGGGAAGCCAUGACAAACGCUUUGUAAUGGAGGUUGAAGUGGAUUCACAAAAAUUCAGAGGAGCAGGCCCAAACAAAAAGGUGGCAAAAGCUAGUGCAGCACUCGCUGCCCUAGAGAAGUUGUUCUCUGGCCCGAAUGCGGCAAACAAUAAGAAGAAAAAGAUUAUUCCUCAGACUAAAGGUGUUAUUAGCACAGCAGUGUCAGCAGCAGUCCAGGCAGCUCGAGGAAGAGGACGUGUAGCACUAGCACGAGGAGCAUUUGUUGGAGCAACGGCUGCUCCAGGAUAUAUAACCCAAGGUUACGCAGCUCCAUAUGGGUACAGUGCUGCCGCCCCUGCCUACGGUAUCCCCAAGAGAAUGGUUCUCUUACCAGUUAUGAAAUUCCCAGCAUACCCUGUACCCCACUACUCCUUUUUUUAACCAAUGCAGUUUGAUCAGACAGUCCAGAAUGUCAGAGAAGUAUCUUAUUUUCUUUGACUGAGGGAAAUCCUUUGUAAAAAAAAAAAAGAAAAAAAAUUAUAAAAUUUUCCUACUUUUUUAUUUUAAAACAAAAAAUAUAAAAUUAGUUCUUUAAAACUUGAAGAAAAAUUGUACUGUGAAAUGUUACCUCAUUUACAGAUAACUUAACUCUUUUACUGCUAGUAAGCUCAGCCAUGUAUAGAAAGUAUACCUAGCAGAUGGAGUUAGGCUAGCCUUCUGUCCUAGGGAAGAUGUAGUAAAUACAAGCAUACAUUUUAAAUGAAGUAUGAAACUGUAAAGUUAAUAAAUUUGUGAAGGAUGUAUAAUAUUAAACUGAUAACAAAAUAAAAUGUUUUGUCCUAAAA